AUGACUAAAUUCCUCAAGAAAAGUUCAUCAGGAUUUCUCGUUGGAGAUUCGGUAACAUGGGCUGAUUUGCAGUUAGCUGAAUUGGCCUCGUUCACCGAGAAAUACCCAACACUUUACAAUGGAUAUCCAGAGGUGAGUCCAUUCUCUUUGCGCACUGGUGGGAAGUCAAAAAUUAUUCCUGCUGUUCUUACUACCAGUAAAGAGUCUGUGUUGCGUGACCGAUUAUUUUCUGAGUAG